AUGUCGAAAAAGAAAUCGCGAGUGUGGACAUUCUUCGAUGAUGUUGAAGGAGAACCGACAAAAGUGAAAUGUAACCAGUGCCAGGGAAUAAUUUCACGCGGUGGUCAAGGUAGAAAAGCGAAUACUACAAGUAUGACUAAUCACAUAAAAUAUAAGCACAACGAGUUGAUGCCUCAAUUGGCAGGUUCUAUUAAAAGUAGUUCGAAUGAAGUCCAUUUGUCUUCACGUUUUCAAUCGCAACCUGAGCUCUUUUCACCGACGCCAGUUCCGUCAACUUCAGCGAGAGGCGAAGUUUACAUACAACAAACAACUAUUCAAGAUAGUGUAAUGGUCCAGUGGUCGCUUCAGGGCUCCCGAUCAAGAGAAAUAAGUGUUGCUAUAGGAGAGAUGAUUGCCUUGGAUAACCAACCUAUAUCAAUUGUGGAAAACAGUGGUUUUAUCAGUCUAAUGAAGAAGCUUAAACCAAAAUAUGUACUGCCUAGUAGAAAGUAUUUGUCAGAAAAUAUUAUUCCCAACAUUUAUGAAAAAACUAAAACUGAAAUACGAUACGGAGUGCUCAGCACUACCGCGCUAUCCGUAACUACAGAUUUGUGGACACAAAUACAAACAAUAAGGAAAGUUUUUUAA